AUGCAAAUUGAACUGAAACCAUUCGAUGUUAUAUGUGAACUUGUACAAAAUAAGUGGUUCGAUAAAAUGUCUCGUUUUGAAAUCACUGUCGAAUGGAAUCAUGAAGCUGACGAGUCGAAUGGUGUCUAUUUAUCUAUUGAUAGUCAAAUACAUCAUAAGCCUGAUAAUAUAGAACAUAUCUAUAUAGAUUUAUCAAAAUUCGAUGUUCAUGAUUCACAGCAAGCCAAUGAUAUUAUUCGUUCAAUUAUGCUUAUUGUUGAACAAGGUGAUAAUUUGUCAAAAUGGUCAUUGACCAAUGAAUAUACAAAUUGUAUGAUUGGUUCACAUGGUGAUAUUUUCGUAAGUGAUUUAAUCAUCAAAUAUCAGCAUAAUAUUCAUCUCAAUAUGGUUUAGUUUGCCCAAAUAUUAAGAAAAGUAUCCAAUGAGGUACAAGUGCAUGAUAGCCAUUUUGAUCCACCUACAUAUAUAAAAUAUCAAUAGGUACUAUAUAAAAUGGAUCAUCACUCGGCAUCGCUUAUAGUUAGCUAUGCCUACGAUGACUGAGCGAUUCGCAAUGUCAUGUAUGCUGCAGGUAUUAUUGAUGAAGCACAAGAAUAUUAUAAUAGAAUCGGUCUCGAUUGUUUGAACAUGUAUUCGAAUAUAAAACAAAAAUUUGUCUGUGCUCGAAAAACUGUUGACGACUUUCUCUGUCCAUCAAACGAAAUCGAGGGUGUGGGUAUGUGUGAGCGAAGAGAGGAUGCAUAUCGACACACUCACACGCUGCAUUUAUCCUCAUCUACGUUUGGUCUUCAUAGACAUUUAGACAUAAAUAGAGCUUUAAACACAUUAAUUCAGAUCGGAAAGGUACAACUUGUUUUGCGCUUAUUGAGUACGUAGGUUUUCCAUUUUGAAUUCAGCAACAAAUAUAAUGCUAGGUAUUUCUUUUAGAAUGUAUAACUUUUAUUUAUUUUUUAUUUAGAUUGCAAUCAAGCAAUGUAUUCAACAGUAGAUAUUGUAUUUUUAAAUCAAGUUUUUGCUCUAUUAUUUAGAUCAAUUUAGACAACAGAUUAGAUAGUAAGUAUCUCUUUCAAGUGAAGAAAUAAUAUCUCGUGUGUUUAAAAGAGAGAGAGGAGAAGGAGGAGAAGUCCUUUACUCUUGAGUGACUGGAAACGUAUAUGCUCAUCCGGAGAAGACAUAUUUCCGAUCUGAUUAAUUUUCUCGUUCGUUUACUUUCAAAUGCAUUUGAAACGUUAGAAGAUGUGCUACGAAUAGAAGUAACUGUGCUAUAAGUUCCAUUACGAUCAAAUUGUGUGACACUUAUGAUUAUACUUCAAUCACGUUGCAACUUGUUAUUGCUGAAAUAUACGAUGAAACCAACGUGUAACCGUAAAAUUUUCAUCGUGAUUGUGUUUACGUGUAAAGUAGCACUGGUAAUUAGGCAUAACUGUGUCACAGUGAAUGAAAUGUGAAAUGCACUACGAACAUGUUAUUGUGAUUUCACAUCGUUGAAACAGACAUUUUAUAAUUACUUACUAAUGUGACGUUAAUGGCCACUGCACAUACUAUCGAGCUUGCUAUCAAUGUUGACACAAUGUUGGUUAUUUUUUUAAAUAUGCUGAAAUACAUACUACGGAAAUUGAAGAAUUCUAAGUGACGGAAACCAUUUCGGAAUCAUCUGCACAGAUGUCUCGUCUGGCCAUAUUCAAUAUCAAUAUUCAUCGUCUUUGUUGUCGACACAUACAUUUGAAAUUAUUAAACAAAGCUUCAGACAAAGUGCAUGGUUCAGGUUUUGCUAUUUCCGGUGAACUUUGGUUCUAAUAGGUCCAAGUAUACAAGAUAAUUCCUUUCUUAUGUGAAUUCGUACGGUAAGGUGUCUUUAUGUCAUUUGAAACAAAGAUACUAUCUGACUCACAAGACAUAUUCGACGGUAGCCCACAACAUUUUAUUCAGCGUCUAUACGUUAUGAGAUGCACAAAUCAGACAUUCGAGAUUGCGUUAUGAUAAACUAUCAUGAAAUACACGUAUGAAGGAUAUUGACUGAUUGUGCAUAUUUAAAACACAAAAAAAAGUAAUAUUAGACAACAUAACAAGUACUUAGUGCAAAAUCUUGCCAUUUUCAUGUUUACAGCUAGUAAGAACAAAUCAGGUCAAUACGUAUUAAUUUAUCUCUCAGUAAAAAAGUUGAUCUAAUAAAUUGUUGAAAAGAAGAAACGAGAUACUAAUAAUCUCUUAAUAGAGUGAGCCCUUUUGACCAGUCUCAAUGGCGUUUACAUCAGAAAGAUUGUACCGUAGAUUCAUUCAACUUUUCUCUGUUCUCUCUGCUAAGGUACAAUGAUUUCAUGAUCUUUUUCUUUUUUUCUAGUUUGUUGUCUUUUGAGAAUAUUCUCAUUUUUUUAUUACGCUUAUAUAUAUAUAUGCAUGCUCCUUUUCUCAUAGACGAAUUUAUGUUAUUCUUGAUUUUGAAAAACAUUUUCCAUUUUUCUUUUGCUACGUAGUAGAGGUAUACUUACAUCUUUAUUUAACAAACUUUUUAAAAUUUUUCAUUCAGGGUGAGAUAAAACUACUUGUAAUCUUUAUUUCUUUAUAUUCUGUUGAUAAUUAAAAACUAAGCAAAUGGAAUUCCAUAAAAAUAACGAAGUCAAUGACGAGUCCUUUAAUUCAUGUGCUAGUGACGACAGCAAGUUAAAGGACUUCAAUUUCGAUUAUAAUGAAUUAACAGAUAAUGGAAAUGAAAUUGGAGCUUCUGAUAUUUAAAAGAUAACAUCAGUUUUCGAUUAAAAAUACAUUACAUCCUCAAAGAGUUAACGUAGUAAGAUCUAGUUUCCGAACAGGGCUAUCAGAUUCAAAUCUAAAAAGCCAGGAGGGAAAACCAGUAGAUCUUUAUGGAACUGAAGUAACUAUUUGAGUGGCUUGUUUCGAAAGAAACUGAAGUUUUUGUUCAUAUAACUAUCCGUUUCUUUCUACUAUUAAGUUACUAUUGGCAAGACUAUCCUCUAAGUGAUGCAUAACGAAGAGAUUGAACGAUAAUUUAUGCAUUUUUCCAAAAGUAAACAAGCUAACGAAUUCGAUAAUCAUUUGUUUUUAAUGUUCACAAAUAACGUUUAGUUACUUUCAUGCAUGAUUAUGAAGUAGUUUUCGAUUUGAAUUUUUUUCCAGUGAAAAAGAAUCAGUAUUUUUACGUGAUUUGGUAAAGUUUGUCACAAAAAAUUUCCUCUAAUAAGUCUCACACUUCAGUGUUCACAUCUUCUUACAACGUAUGUAUUCGAUAAAUAUACAGUCGAUUCUUUCUUUUUAUCCACAGUGACACAAGUCUUUGCCAUAGG